UACCACCUUCAUUGUAUUUGCAUUAAAUAAAUCACACCUAAAAUUCAACAACUCAACAGUACCAUCUCAUAUCUUCUUCAUAGAUCUUCCUCAAAUCCCAAUUGAUUCUCAAAAUUUAAGUUAUUUGGUGUUUUGAUCUUCAUUUGAACUUCUUACAGGAAGAAGAGAGAGAGAAAAAAAAGUAAAAAAAGAUGACAAAUGAUCGAAAAAUAGGUGUAGCUAUGGACUUCUCAAAGGGAAGUAAAUUAGCUCUCCAAUGGGCCACUGAUAAUCUGCUAGACAAAGGUGACACACUAUAUCUCAUUCACAUUAAGCCUUCUCUUGAUGAUGAAUCCCGAAACCUUCUCUGGUCCCCCAGCGGUUCACCCUUGAUUCCAUUGGCGGAGUUUCGAGAACGCGAGGUGUUGCAGAAGUACGACAUUCAGUUUGAUCCUGAGGUUUUGGAUUUGCUUGAAACUGCUUCAAGGCAGACACAUGCGAGUGUAGUAGCAAAGCUAUACUGGGGCGAUGCUAGAGACAAGCUGUGUGAGGCUGUUGGAGCUCUGAAGCUUGACGCUUUGGUUAUGGGAAGUAGAGGUCUUGGCAGCAUCCAAAGGGUUUUGCUGGGAAGUGUGAGCAGCUAUGUGAUAGCAAGUGCGACAUGCCCUGUGACAAUUGUCAAAGACCCGAGUGCUAAAGGUCAUUGAUUCUGAUCUCAAGUUCUUAAUCUCAUCUUGCAAAGGAUUGUAUGAUUAGGAAUAAUGUGUGCUAUUGUUUCUCUCUGAUGGUGGUUUUCGUGAGAUAGACAAUUGCACAAUGUUAUUUUCAGAAAGUAUUGCCACAGAGUCAGGCUGUUCAAUGUAUAAACCUUAUUCCAAGUAUGUUUAAAUAAUUAAACCUUGAGUAUGUUAUUUAUGUUCAUGGUUGUGUUACAGUACUGUAAGUGACAAUAAUAUAUAUCUGGGUUGUUUCUUGCUUCUUA